UAGCAGCCUAGUACGGCGCCUAAACUGGUUUCUUGGCCUUUACCAAGUUGCCGAUUGGUCGAUUCAUGUUACUACUUUAAGCCAAGAAACAACUUAUAUUUACCAAUGGUCACAUUCUUCGGCAAACUAAGUUGUAAAUUUCAUACCUCUGUUAAUUUUCGUGGAGGAAUUCGUCAGUCAUCUGAGCUACUAUAUGGAAUUCAUCCUGUCUUGUGUGCUCUUACGUUUCGUCAUCGCGAUAUUUACCGGCUAUACGUCAAAGACGUAUUGGGCAACUGCAAAGAUCCCAACAAUCUCGUAGAGACAUCAGCAUCUCAAAUAACCGAGAAAGCACUCAAAUAUGGCAUACCAGUAACUCGAGUACCAGUCAAAAAGCUCAAAGAAUUAAGUAAUUCAAGAGCCCAUCAGGGUGUAAUACUUGAAGUUUCUCCUACAACCAUACAAUCUAUUUCAGACUCGUCGAUUAAAAAUUUGUUAUUUUCUUGGAAUAAUUUAUCAGGCUGUUUGCCAUACGCGAAAAAGUAUCAUAGACCUACUGCUCUACUUCUGGAUCAUAUGAUGGAUAUCAUGAAUUUUGGGAACAUAUUGCGUUCAGCGGCAUUCUUUGGUAUAUCUGCGGUCAUACUAUCUACUUCUCCGUGUGUCAGCCCAUCACCUCUAAUAAGCAAAAUUAGUGUUGGCGCAAUGGAAAGUAUCUUAUUUUAUAGGUUAACGGAUACAGUAAUGGAUAUGAAAUCCUUAUCAAAUGCUGGGUUUUUGAUAGUUGGUACUUGCGGGGAAAGUCAACUUCCAUCAACUAGAGCUUCCAAAUCUACAAAUUUUCUGAAACCGGAUGAGGUACUGACUGUUCUGUAAAUAAUGUAACAGACUCACCAGUAUUUUCAGCGACCGCAUUGCUCAACAAUUUGAACUGAGUAUUGAAUUAAUUACUUAGUAAUAAUCUGUCAUAAACUGUGGGAAACCAUGUGCUUCAUUUUUUGGUCCUAAUAUGUGUCAAACAUUAUUGUCGGGGCACAGUAUCUGUCAAACUAUUCGUUCAAAUAUUGACGAAUAUUCGCAUAUAUCCGUAAAAUAGUUUCCGAUGUUUUAACAUAUAACCAUAAGUUUAGAACCUCAUAAAAAUAUUCUCACAAAUAUUAAAAACAUAGAAAACAUACAAAAGAAUAAACCAUUAAAUUGUAACCAAAAGGGUAUGAACCGUUUUUGUAUUAAAUUCCACAUGAUUCAGCCAUUUGUUCGCAUAUCGUUUUCAAUCGUCUCGAUCUUUGGAUUAUUAUAGUAAAUAAAGUGUUUCACCUUUCAGUUUACGAGAUAUCGACAGCUCACCAUAAACCAACGUAUGCAAAAUAUGAGCUAUCACAUAAACAACAUUUAAAGGUACACAUAAAAACGAAUGCUAAGUAAACAACCAUAAAAAUAUAAAGGCUUAUCGUAUUUCAGCACAUUUUUUCAGUCAAGAUAUCCGAAUAUUAUUAUAUCUGUUUCUAAAACGUGGGCGCUAAUGAUGACAAUAA